AUAAUUAAUAUAUCAAUUUGCUACUAAAGGACCCUGGAAAAUAUCGCCGGCCAAAAUGGUGAUUAACGAACUUCACGAACAGAAAUACAUUAAGAUAAUUCGUUUGUUUUGUGCAAAGACUCCAAUUAGGUGAACACCAUACGUGAAAAACGGGACUACAACUUGCCUAAAAUAAGAUAGACCAACAAGACAAACGGAAAGGAAAGACGCAUGUAAGGAGUUGGUGCCCAUUACAUCAAUAAUGUACAUUACAGUGCCAUUACAUCUCCCUCAAUGCUCCCAGGCGUUUUGAAGUAUUUUGAAGGUGCCAAUAUCAGCCGCAUUCAACAAACAGCUGAAAAGAAUUCCCGAAAUUAUUGAAUGUCUUGGGUUGUCUUGCCGGACAAAGUUAACCCUAGCCACAAAAAAGACAAUGAAAAAUGAUUUAUCACACCCCGACACGAUAAGCUGACAUGAAGUAAUAAUGAUUUUUUUCUGUGGUUUUAAAAACUAAUUUUCCUGUUCAAAAUAAGACUAAACGAGUUUCAUCAACCUCCUCCCUCACAAAAGUGUCGAUACCUAUCAGCUUUGACAAAACUGUAGCUAGAAUAAUAUAUGUGUGAAUCUGAUCUCUCGCUGCUGCACACGAUACAUGCAUGUGUCUUUGGGUCAUUUUUCGUUUUACCUUUUUACAUUUUUCUCAAAUAAUUCACAAUGAACAAUAGUCUGACUGCUUCCAAAUUAGGAAUCCAGUAGAAUCACGCCUAGUACAACGUUAGCGGGAACGCUUGACUGAUGCGACACAAGGUUGUAUCAGCCAGUUACUUUGUGUUUUAUCAAAACAUUGACCUUUUAGUUUUCCAGGAAACCUGGUUAACUGGCACUUUACAGUAAAUUUGUGGUGUUAAUUUGAGAAAGAAAAACAAAUUCUCAAUAAAGGGCUGUUAUCUGUAUUUAUAGAUAACAAAGGUGUUAAAUUGAAACUCAGGUUUCACAGUGUGAUCGUAUCAACUAUGCCUUAGCCAACAUUUAAUAGCCGUUGCGCAUGUAACGUUGUCGGUUAUCAUCUAAGAGUCAUAGUGCAAGAAUAAAGUGCACAUUCGGUGUCCAUGGCAAGGGAAAGACGUGAAGCGUGUUACUGCUGCUCACAUUUUAGCUGUGAAUAAAUUGUGAUCAAUGCCAAGUCAGUAUUGGUGGAACCUGACCUCUUGAGGGAGGAGCUAUACAUUAGCGCUUUUUUAAUGCAAUAGGUCCACAACUGUAAACACCAGCCUGGUAACACUUUGCUAAUAGCAUCAAGUAAGGGGCCUGAAAGUGUCUGGAAAGGAUCUUCAGUCUGUUCUCUUGCUUGAGCCCGUGUUUCAUAAUUGAGGACAGACCAUUCAGCAAACAGAAAUGCAGUAAUGGCGAAACUAGAUGCUGUUUCCAAAGUUUUUGGGCUGACACUAUUUUGGGGGAUGACCAUUUCUUCCCUUUGUCACCAGUGCAAUCAACUCCAAAAGACGAUGUACGCCGCGAAAAACAGCUCACUGGAAGGGUUUGCCAGUGCAUGCAGUAGACCCACACGCUCUGGUGUACUCUGCGGACGGGACUGCAGCAUGGAUAAACGAUGCAAGUCUUUUAACUUCAACGAUUACAACAAAGUGUGCGAGCUGAACCGUGCCACAAGGCGAGAGUAUCCCGAAGACUUCAAUGCCACCCAAGGGAUUGUGUACUUCGAUGCAGAUGAGGACACACUUUGCCACUCGCUGGGUGACACCGAGCUUGCGACACCCUGCACCAGUGGAACUGAGCAGCAACCAGCCAUAUCGUGCAGUGAGAUAGCGGAGGUUUGUCAGCGGCCGCCCAAUGGCAUGUACUACUUGCUUGGAGAUGCAAACAAACAGCAUUGCGUUUAUUGUGAAAUGCCCAGUGGCUUGGCCCGCUUCGGGAAGGGAAACAUGCAGUCCUGUUGGAACUACAAGAACGAAGAUCGCGAAGAGGUCCAUCUCAACAUUAUAUCGAAGACUGAGAUUGCAAUGAUAAAGGGGUUUUCCUUCAACGAGUUUCAGAUCCACACUGAUGUGGAGUUCUCCUUGCAAGCAGACGAUUCCACCAACCCAUCAGUCGUCGAGGUGUUGUACCUGCCAUCGUUUCAAGCUUUAAAUCUGAGCAUUAGACAUGGUUUCGAUAAGACUCGCUUGAGUUUCGCCACUGGAGGAGACCGACUGGUUUGCAAUGGCGAAAGGAGUACCGCUUGCGGUUUGAAUGGUUUGCCAUUCCGGGAUGAGCAGUCUCAGUUCCUGGCGAUCACCGCACUGCACUUCACUCCUCGCAUACAGGGAGCAUCAGCGCAUAGCGACGAGUGGCACCGCAAUCGCUACUCUUGGUCUGGAUCUUACUAUUACAUUCUGGCAAGGAAGACCGAGGAAACCUAGGACAGUAAAUAGAAGGCGUCCCCAAAAUCCAUAUUGUAGUGAUAUUUGUAAUUUCGCGUAUUGUAGUAGCUUAUAGCUGGGUCUUUCCGGAAGUAUUUUACGUGGGCAUCAAGAUAUCGGGGUCACAAAUAGUCUGCACUCAGUCUCAGGUAACAUUUUUUUGAUUCUUCACAUAUCCUUCGCCUUUUGACCAAACAUUGUGCUUUGCCAGCGGAAAAAGACCAAUACGAACACGCACAUACAAACUCACACAAACAGGAAGAGAAAUAAACUCAGAUAUUAAAAGCAAAAUCAGGUAAAUAUAUUAACAAUAGAUAAACAUAUUUAGAUACUAAAUAAAUAUUAACAAAUCGCAAGAAAUGAGACGUAGAGCAAAGUCUAACAAAUAUCAAGAAACUGAAAACGAGAGACUAUCAAAUAACGGCAAAAUCCCCUUGACAGAAGUCUCCAACAAAAGUGAAAAACAGGCAGUGAAGCAGUUCUGUGCGGAUAAGUUUUAAUAACAUUUUGCUCAAUUAAUGCUUUGUUCAGAGAAGCAGUGGGGUAACUAGGGCUAUGUGGCAGGGGGAGGACAUCCGCAGGGGUGCACACAUUUUUAAGGGUGCACCACACUGAAAAUAAGAAGUAACUGCAUAGCUAUAUAAACUCAAUAGAGAGUAUUCACAGAUGCCAAAUGGUGGGGGGCGUGUGGGGGCACAGGCAUCUGCAGGAGGCACCUAGCCCCAUGGCCACCCCCCUCUGCAGUUACGCCAUUGUUUGGAAGACAAAUAAUGAAUUUUUGAAGAGACAAUAAUUUGAUUUAUGUGAGGUGGGCUGGACCCUAGGUGUAGGCUGGAAAUUUUCAGGAUGUUUCUAGACUGAGGCAGAAAAUCCUAUUUAUUUAUUUAUUUAUUUAUUUAUUUAUUUAUUUAUUU